UGGCGUUGAUUGCAUCAAACUGGGAGAGAGUGUGAUAGAAUACUCCGGUGAUUUCCGUUUUUACAUUACCACUAAACUCAGAAACCCUCACUACCUGCCAGAACUGGCCACCAAAGUCUCCCUGUUGAAUUUCAUGAUCACCCCCGAGGGCUUGGAGGACCAGCUGCUGGGGAUCGUGGUCGCAAAGGAGAGACCAGAGCUGGAGGAGGAGAGAAACGCACUGAUCCUUCAGUCAGCUGACAACAAAAGGCAGCUGAAGGAAAUUGAGGAUAAGAUCUUGGAGACGCUGCAGUCGUCAGAGGGAAAUAUCCUGGAGGAUGAGAGCGCCAUCCAGAUUCUAGACUCUGCCAAAAUCAUGUCCAAUGAGAUCAGUAAAAAGCAACAG